AUGUCACAUUAUCCACGACUACUCUGUCUGCACGGCGGUGGCGCAUCAUCUCGUAUUAUGCGUGCCCAAUUCGCCAAGCUGGAAUGUGCGUUGAGCAACCGAUUCCAGCUUGUCUACCUUGAAGCUCCCCUAGAUAGCGCCCCCGGUCCAGGUGUUCUUCCUUACUUUGAGAACUGCGGACCAUACUCUUGUUGGGUCAGCGAUGACAAGACACUGUCUCCCGAGCACAAGAGACUCGAAGAAGACAACGCUAUUGCCUACAUUAAGAGCUUCAUGAUACAACAUGGACCUUUCGCUGGUAUCCUUGGAUUUUCACAAGGUGCACGUGCGACUGCUAGCAUUCUGCUUGAGCAACAGCAGAAGCCUUUCACACAUGAUAACCUAUUCGGUGUCUUCUUCUGUGGCACCUUUCCCCCUUUCGUUCCUGAGACUCCAGAGAUCAGGGUCCCUACUGUACAUAUACAGGGACUUUCAGACCCCUAUCUCCAGGAGAGUGAGAUGCUGUUGAGUCAUUGCACGAAACAGAGUGUCAGGAGAGUGAUCAAGUUCGAUGGUGGUCAUCAUAUGCCCACAAGUCUUGGUGUUACACAGCAGAUUGCAGAUGUUAUUUCAAUGGUAUACAGAGGAACCAACAGGAAAAAGGUGUCGAAUCUUUGGAAACUGAAGCGACCAAUUUCUACUGCGAAAGCGACGGCGAUUGAGAUUUAA